AUGGAUGCUCCUGAUGACAGAGAUAUCAAAUUCCAGCGCGCAUCUGGGUCGCUGCUGAAGGAGUUUGAGGACAAGUUAAUACCGCUCUUGUGGAAGCAAAGUACUGGCCAUAAAAAGGUUGUCCACAGAUGGUCGCAAGCACCAAAAGAAAACCGGCUCGUUGAGGUGCUUGAGAGAUUCCAAGAAUGGCCUCAGCUGCUAGAUUCCAAGUUGGAAACCUUCCUGACUCAGCUGGUUGAUGCAUUUCUGUCCUAUUUGACCAAACAGCGUCAUAUGUAUGGUUCAACCGAAGGAAAGGCUCCUGCUUUGACGCAAAUCGUCCCUCUCCCGAGGUCGAUUUGUACAAUUCUGUAUACCUUUUGUAAGGUACGCGGGGUCAAGGUGAUCAGUCGCUUCUUGAACAAUGAGCCAAAGUAUUUGGACCUGAUGCUUCGGGUAUUUAUCGAAUGGGAUUCCAUAGCAUCGGAUAAAACAUCGAUACCUGCAAAGUCCGGAAUCAAUGUACAACCACUCACAUGGGAGGAACGUUAUGUCAUGCUACUUUGGCUUUCUCAUUUACUGCUCGCUCCUUUCGACUUGGCAACUAUUUCCUCGGACGAUAUCCCAGUCCCGCAUAACGAUCAGAAAAUCUUGGAAUUGAUCCCACAAGAUGCCCCCAGAAUCGCUCGUUCUAUCAUUUCCAUUGCUGUCCGUUACAUUGUGACAGCUGGGAAAGAAAGGGAAGCAGCAACGCUGCUUCUUGCUAGGUUAGCCUUACGCCCAGAUAUGCAGCGAUUCGGUCUUCUGAAUAUAUUCACGGAAUGGGCUUUUUCUUUCAUUCAACCACCUGCUGGAAGUGAAGCACUGCCCCCCGUAUACACCUGCAUAGGUGUUUUGUCGUUCCUCGCCAGAUUGGGUACUUCCGGUCAGGCGGAGGACCUGGCCCCAUUAAUUGGCCAACUAUUUGACAAGACACUUCUCAUGGCUCAGGAGGAUUCACCUGUUUAUGCAAACAUUAGAUCUUCAGCUUCAGCGCGAAAAAUGAUCAUCAAGAUCCUUCGUACCUCGGCAACUACGGCGUUGACUUUGGCGGAAAAGGGCAAUUUGCGUGUACCGCAACACAAAGUGUCAUUCAUAUUGGAAGAAUCAAUUGAUUUCUUCCUAGUGGCUUUAGCUGACAAAGACAUGCCGGUCAGAUUUGCUGCAAGCAAAGCUCUGGCCAUAGUGACUCUGAAACUAGAUGCAGAAAUGAGUGCAGACGUUGUAGAUGCAGUGACCGGUUCACUUAAUGAAGACAUCCUCUACCAGAAGAACGAUGGUAGUCUUCUAACAUCAUUUGAGGCCCGACAUUUGGACAUGAAGAGCCUAAAACGCAACUUGAGUGCCGUUGACCCACAGCGUUGGCAGGGGUUGAUCCUAACACUCGCUCACCUCUUAUUCAGGAGAGCUCCUCCCCCUCGCCAACUGUCUGAUAUUCUACAAGCGCUUGUUUCUGGGCUAGAUUUUGAACAAAGAUCUGCCACUGGUAGCUCUCUCGGGACCGGUGUGCGAGAUGCAUCCUGCUUCGGCAUAUGGGCAGUGUCACGCAAGUACACCACUAUUGAAUUAUUAUCACUGAGUGCUGGUACAGUCAAAGUACCCACGGAACAAGAAGAGCGAACCAUUCUACAAAUGCUAGCUGUAGAGUUGGUAUGUGCUGCUUGUGUAGACCCGUCGGGAAAUAUUCGUCGCGGUGCCUCUGCUGCUUUACAAGAGUUGAUAGGCCGUCACCCAGAUACUAUUCUCAAGGGAAUCCCACUGAUACAAGUUGUCGACUACCAUGCUGUGGCAAGACGCUCAAAAGCAAUGAUCGAAGUCGCUCAGGGUGCAGCGCUUAUUGAUAGUGCCUAUUGGAGCCCUCUUGUCAACUCUUUGCUUUUCUGGAGAGGAAUAGGGUCUUCGGAUGCAGAGUCUCGUCGAACUGCGGCUUCAGCACUCGGCGAGUUGUGCAAGCAGAACUCAUACAAGUCCAUCUACACCGUACUUCAGCGUCUAAACUCACGGCUAGUAACCAUUGCCCCGUCUGACAAUGAAACUCGCCACGGAUGCUUCUUAGCCUUCGCAAGUGUUGUAGACGCUUUUACUUCUGAAUAUCAAGUGAAUCCAGACCAUGGCGAUGCAGACAUGGUGACCGAGGCAGUCUUGCAAAUAUGGGAGAUAUUCACCUCAUCGUACGGCCCUACUAGAGAUGAUCUCACGCAAGUAUCUGCACGCCCCGAACUCACCGCUGAAGCAGUAUCUCGUCUCAUUGCGUCACUUGCAUGCGCUGUGGGGACGUUUUCCCUUGAAAAAGGCGUACCCGAAUCACUUAUUGAGAAGGCGCUAGAUGUUCUACUGCUUUGUGUAUCCCGUGGUGAAGAUGUCGCGAUCAAGGCUUCAUCCAAAGCCGCGUCGCAGCUGUUCAGGAUACUUCCAUUACGAAAACAGGAAGAGACAAUACACGGUUGGUUCGCAAAUAUUCAUGCCAGCUGGAAGUCUACAACUGGACGCGGUCAAAUUUCCGCUUUGGGUGCCGUGUUUCACCGACUCUCAUCGGACAGCAGUGUCCGCGAGUAUAUCAUCAAGGAGUUAAUUCACUGUACAAAGGACGAAGAAUUCAUUGAGAAGAGGGUUUCUGCGGUACAGUGUCUAGCAAGUGGUGUUUUACCGAACAUCAGCAUAUCGGAUGAUAUCACUGACCAUAUUGUCGUGUUUUUGACGGACUAUACCACAGAUCGGCGUGGGGACAUUGGAUCAUUUAUAAGAAUAGAAGCCAUUCAAGCUUACUGGGAGAACACAUCUCACUUGCCACCUAUCGAAAGAAAAUUUGAACACUUCAGUCAGGUGUCGUCGUUUAACUAUUUCCAUCAACUUCUAAAGCUUUUACAGUUAGAGAAUAUGCGAACAGCACUCGUGCAGGGCCUUAUCACCUCAGCCACCGCGGGAACCGACGGCCUAAUCCAGUCAUCUCGCUUCGCUCUCAUUGACUUUAUUGAAUCUCAAACUGAAGACAGGUUUCAGUGGGUCAAUAAGCUGAUCGGGGACUUGGUAACCAUCCUCGAGGCCAAUCUAGUGGACGAUCGUUAUGCAAUCCCGGCCAUGGAAAUGUCUGCCUUUUUAGUGGACACCUAUAUAUCAGAGCCUACUGUGAGCUCGAACAAUGCUAGUCUGAGAAAGUUAUUCAUCCUCACCCAGAAAGCCCAUUUCAAAUCGUCCAAUAUACCUCGGCUAGAAGCAGCUAUUAAGGUAUACGCAGCGCUCUCACGAUCACCAGCGUUACAGGUAGAUACCUUGAAGAAGCUCACUACAAUGCUAUUGCAUCCAUAUCCAAAGAUACGCAUGGCGGUGUCUGACUCCUUGUACAUGACGACAAAGUCUGAUAUUGUCAAGAUUGAGGACUGGACGGCGCCACCAAAGCAAUUAAAAGGUGCAGUUGAGAAGUUGCGAGUCGAAUUGCAGGCUGUCUAG